AAACUCUUAUUUUCUCCAUCAAUUAGAAGUAUGUCAGUAAUCAGCAGAGACGAUCUCCACAAAAUCUUCAAGAACUUGGACAAGAACAACAAUGGCCGAAUCUCCAUCGCCGAGCUGCAGAAUCUUCUUGAGGGAAUCGGAAUCCAAACGACGUCGGAAGAGCUGGAGAAGCUCGUGGGCCCGAACGAUCUCGACUACGCCGAGUUCUUGCUCUUCUACGAUGCCACGAUCGAGCCUAAAAUGAAUGCAGACGACGGCGACCUGUCGAAGGCCUUCGAGGUUUUCGACGUCGACGGCGAUGGGUUUAUAUCAUGCGAGGAGCUGCAGAUGGUGCUGACGAAGAUGGGGCUGUGGGAGAAGAAGAGUGGGCAAAAUUGUAGAGAGAUGAUCGAUGUUUACGACAAGAAUCUUGAUGGAGUUCUUGAUUUCGAGGAGUUUAAGGAUAUGAUGUCACUACCUGCUGCUGCUGCUGCUGAUGAUCAUGAGAGAAAGAGUUGAAUUGGUUGAUUAAUGAUGAAGUUGAUGGAUGUGUUUUGGAUUGUUUGGUUGAUUAAUUCUCCAAGACCAAGGGGAAAACUAGGGAGAUAUAUAUGUUCAUUUGCAUGUGGUGUUAUGAUUGUUACUUUGUUAGGCAGGAGUAUAAAAGUUAAUUGUGUGAUUUUCAGUCCCUUUUGCCUUGAUUAAUUUGUUUAGUGAGACGCAGAAUUUAACUUUUAUCGAGGGUACGUGCAAAAUCCA